GAAGGAGCAGCCGUGCAAGAUUGCAAGUUGCAGAAUCAACUCGAGAAGUUGGAAGUUGGAGAAAAGGAGAUCCGCACAGAAGUUCAAGGCGUGGAACAAGCGCUUCCUCCUUCAUUUUGGUGCUGCCUCUCGCCUGUGAGGCUGUGUGAUCAGCUGACACCUUGAUAAGCAGGUGCACCAUCAGUCGAGCGAGCAUGGACGCCUACAGACACUGCUUACGCCUCAGCAGAUUAAUCAAACAGUUGGAGCCCGGGUACCGAUUGCAGUUUCAUGCAAACUUUGCAAAAGGUGCGGCCAAGUCCAAGACUCCGCAGAAGGGUGGGAAGCCUAUGAAGAAGAGGACAGCACAGGAGGCGCAGGCGGCCCUGAAAGCAAAGGCCGAUCCGCCAGACGUGCCGACGUCCAUGUCGCCGCUGUUGAAGGCCAGCCUGGCAAGGCAAGACCUGAAGAAGCCGCAGCAGAGCCCCGAGGAGCUGAAGGCGAGCGAAGCGGCUGCCAAGGAGUACAGCCGAAAAAUGUUGCACGAACUGCGACAGAAGCAGUUAGGACUGCAGCAACGGAUACAGCUCAAAUGGGCCGCUAUAGCUGCACUGCCUGAGGGGUUUCUCCGCGACGAAGCCUCGAAAGAGGACCUGACCCCCUUUCCACCUCGGCGAAUACCAACGUGGACCCCUCCGAUUCCUGGCUUCAGCAACCGGGACGAUGCUAGUGCUCGAGACGCCGAUCGGAGGCGGCGGUAGCCUCCGCUCUCGGAACCCGAAGAUGAACUUGGGAACGCUUCUUUCAUAGCAUACUCUAUUGUUAUUGCGGAAGUUUGACUUUGCGGAAAUCUGUGCUUUGGAUUCGUGCAGCUCACAGACUCGGUGCUGGAGCUGCUCGUGUGGUUCGGCCGGAACUUGCUUGCGUCACCCCAACUAUCACAGGGCAUGCACUGAAGUUGGCUCGCUACCUCAUUGUCAGAUGCAUUGGAUGCACUCAGUGAGAUCAUCGGGUGUUGGACGAGUUUUUAUAUCGAUCUAGAGCUGCGGAC